AUGAAUUUGCAGGAGUUAUUCUACAAAAAGCUCCUCGAGUCGCAUGGCUUCCACAACUGGGUCCGCAAGAUCCACGCUCGCAUCAACAGGAUCCCGUACGUGCCGAUUCAGGGCCACCACCAGCACUCCAGCGAGUACGUUCCCACGAUGUUCCACAAGGUGAAUGCGUUCAGGGUGCUCUUUCAGCGGGAAUUUGCACGUUCUGUUGGAUUCAGACGGUGA